AUGGAGAGCCCGGUGGGCAUCACACCGUCGCACCUUGGAGAGCGCAUAGCGGACUGCUGGACCGUGUCGUGCAGCAGAAGAGAGAGAGAUUUCGUCGUUACCGCAACUCAGAAAGUUGUCCCAGCUGUCAGCUGGACUGAAAACCAAGACAACCUGAAGAGAGAGAGAGAGAGAACCAUGCUGCGCUGCAGGAGGUGUCGGAAAGGCAUCGUAGACUCCACUUGUUUAUCGAUGGUUGAGGCCACAGAUGAAAGCUCAGCUGCUGCUUGUAGUAUUUGGCACGUGGAUGUGGACACACUGCCGGAGUGGAUCCUCGCCUCAGUUCACCAGGCCCAGUGGACUGCAGGAAAACUGAACUGCCAGAACUGCGGCGCUCGUUUGGGCGGCUUCAACUUUACUAACCGCGCCGAGUGCCCGUGCGGCCGAGACGCCACCGUCCACCUCAACAGAAGCCGCGUGGAUCGCGACCACAAACACUACUUUGUCAUCGUCCAGCCGAGGAGGACGAGGCCCGAGAACGAGCGGGCCGGCACGCCGACGGACGGCCCUCAGAGCGGCGAUCGGAGGCCGGAGUUUAACAGUACCGCGCUGGACGGCGUGCAGCUCAACUGUGCCGCUGUCAUGUCCCACAUCGUCCCCGCGGAGGCCUCGAACCCCCAAAAAAAUAUGAAACGGAAAGAGAGACGCUGCAGUUUGGAAGAUGAUUCCGCCAUCGGGGCGUGUUUUUGCCCCGUAAGCCCUGCAGUCAAGUCUGCCGUCGAGAGCACAAGGACAGGGACCCACGGGUCCACGCGGCCACCCGUCCCGCAUCUCGCAAGUCAGCGGUUUGACGCCGCCUCAGUCGACGCCGUCGGCGGCCGUCGGCUUGUUUCUGGAAGGACACGGCGGUCACGUCUGGGCGGACAGCCGCUGCGGACGGCGGAGGAGGUGGUGUCCUCUCCAGAGACCACGGAUGCCCACCAGGAAGUGUCUGCUUCAGCCCGGCUGUUCCGCAGAGGGAGGUCCGUCUCGGACAGCGCAGCCGAGCAGGACCAGGAAGUGUCGCCUGAAGCCCUCGCGGCCUCCCCAGCCUCAAACAGACUGAGCAAGAGAGAGAAGAACCGCCUGAAGAGUCUCCGGAGGAAACAGAGGAGGAGAGAGCGAUGGCUGCUCAGCCAGCUGGAGCAGGCUGAGAGUGUGAGCGGUUCACAGAUGGACAGGGAGGAGGAGGAAGAGGACAGAGAGGGCCUUACCUGCGCUGUGUGUCUGGAGCUUUACUUCAGCCCGUACAGCUGUCAGCCCUGUGGUCACGUCUUCUGCGAGCCGUGUCUCCGCACAAUCGCCAAGAACCGGCCGACAAACGCACCCUGCCCUCUCUGCCGCGCCCUCAUCUCACACACCAACCCGCACCACGAGCUCAACGAAACCGCUAAGACCUUCUUCCCGAAGGUGUACAACGCCCGCAAGCAGAACUUCCAGAGUGCUUUGUGUGCAAAAUGGCCUCUGCCCAGCUGUCGCAAGCGCUUCCGUAACUUCUGGGGAGAGCCGAGGCAGGCACCGGCGGCGAGGAGACGCUGGCACUUUGUCCACGGAGGUUUCACGCUGAAUGCUUUGGACUUCACCGACGUGCGCGGCUGGCUCUUCUACAUCGGCCUGGUCAUCGUCUACAUCCACUCAGUCAACUGGAUCCUGGCUUUCCUGUUCCUCUGCUUCCUCAUGUACUACUUCUUCUUUUGAGGGAAAUGAGGAGCGCUCAAGAGUAUGCAGUCCAGGUGUACCUGUAAACUUUUGCUGGAGGUGUUGAGCUCAGCUGAACUCUCAGUGUAAACAAAGAUAUCGCGGGCCCCGUAAACACAGAUGCUUACCUAAAUCAUGAGCCCAAAAAAAUCAGAAAAGACUGAAACAAUGUCAGCCUGACAACCAUACUGCAGUAGAGCCUUUCGUCGGGAGUGUUCCUAUGAUAGGAGGAUGUGUUAUGUGUUAACUUCUCCCCUGCCGGUGGCGGAGCAGAAGUUCUAUUACUGGGGAAGUGACACAAAGCCACUCAGUCUAUGAACUCUACUUAAAAAAAAAAAAAAAAAAAUGUUUCAAGAUUUGUAACGCUGUUUACGCCAACGUCCUAACCUACCUAUGUAACUUAAUAGUAGAAACGUUAGACAAUGUUUGCCUCUCUUUAGGUGGCAGAAGUGAAAAUAAGUCAUCCUCAAAAUUUGUUUUGUUCUGGCUUUAGAAUGAUGAAGACAGUAGAUAUGAAAAAGGGAUGUCUGCUUUACACUACGAUUCUUUUUUCCUUUGCAACUAUCAUGUUUUUCCCCAAAUUUCUACAAAUGUGUAGGCUACCCCACGUCUGGACUGAGCCUUGAAUGUUUACGCCGUCUGGAAGCACUUGAGAUAGAUCAGAUAAAAGAAGUGAGAUGCACUGCUGCAAAUCUUCUUUUUUUUGCUUCUACAUGUACAUGUUGUUUUAUUGACGAAGUAGAGGCAUGCUCAGGAAUGAAAUAUCUAACCAGUAAAGACAGCAGCAGUUAUUAAUGGAUGUGAUUGAUUAAUUUGACUGAUCGAGGGCUGAAAAAGAACAAAUGGAAAAUCAGAUACACAAAUGGGUAAAAUACCCAAUUUCAGUAUGGUGCCUUCGCUUAGUCUGUGCCUUCUGUUUAUACCAAAUAAUAUGAGACUGGAAUUGAGAGUACAGUAUAUUUAAGUUUUAGACACAGAAUAGGCUGUAUUCAUAGAGGGAGCCAAUCAGUGAACAUUUAUGUCUCUCUCUCUUGAAGGAAAAUGCUUACAAAAGUCUGAUUUAAAAAAAAUAAAUAAAAAAGAUUGGUGUUCAUAUUGUAUGAAGAGGUAAUUGUAUAUAAUAAAGGCAAAAGGUAUGUCAUUUGAGCUAUCUCUGCAUUUUUUAAUUCGAACAUAUGGGGUCAGGUUUUGCAUUUUCUUCUUGGGUGAGUGAAAAUGAUUGGAAGAUUAAAUCCACUGCGUCUGUUUAAAUUUGA